AUGUCUUCCAAGCGCAAGCCCGCGAUGGGGCGCGCCGGGAUAACGGGCAAGGAGGCGAAGGAGCAGAGCCGUCGGCGGGCAGUGGACCUGUCCACGCAGCGCCGCGACGCGCUGCUCCGGUCCAAGCGCCUGAGGCGGGUGUUCGAGGACGGCGACGGCAACGGCGACGGCCUCUUCACGUCGCUGGACCCCCUGGCCUUGCAGACGGCGGUCAAUCAGGCCGUGCGGCAGGCCGCAUCGUCGCAGGCCUCCCAGGACGGCCGGCUGGCGGGCGACCUGCGCUACCUGAGGAAGCUGCUCAGCGAGGGGGAGGAGUCGGCGUCGGGCGCCGUGUUGGAGGCGGGGGCCGUGCCGGUGCUUGUGUCCGCGCUGCAGCCCGGCCCGACCGGGCCCCACGCCGUGGAGGCCAGCCUGGAGGCGGGCUGGGCGCUGGCGUACCUGGCGGGCGGUAGCCAUGCGGUGGCGUCCGCGGUGCUGCCCGCGUCGCCGGCGCUCAUCGCCCACCUGUCCUGCGGGAUGGGCGCGCCGCUAGCGGAGGUCUCCGCGUGGGCCAUCGGCAACCUGGCCGCGGACUGCAGCGAGUUCAGCGACACCCUGGUGGCCAAUGGCGCCGUGCGAGCGCUGGCGGAGCUGAUGUUCAGCGUGGGCAGGGGGGUAGGCGCCCACGAGACAGUUGUGGCGGCGAUCACGGCAUCAUGGGCAUUGGCUAAUCUCGUGCGCUUCUCGUCGGUCGCGGCAAAGCAGCUUUUGGCCGCGCCCCAGGCGCCCACCCGCCUGCUGGAGAUGCUUUCGCUGGACCAUCCCAAGAUUGUGACAGAGGUGGCCUGGCUGCUGACGUACCUGCUCUCCAGGGAUCCGGGGCAGAUAGAGCCGGUGCUGGCCAGCGGGGUGGUGGCCCCAUUGAUAAGGCUGCUGUCGUCGUCCGUGGGCAAACUUGAGGCGGACCUGGAUGGCAGCAGGGCCACCCUAACGCCCGUGCUGAGGUGCCUAGGGAACAUUGCCGCGGGGCCCGACCUGCAGGCAGCGAGGGACUUGGUAUCUGCGGAAGGCGGGGUGGGCGUGAGGUGCAUGGUGGAGUGCCUGAAUAGCAGCCACAGGGGCCUGCAGAAAGAGGCUGCCUGGGCGCUGUCCAACAUAGCGGGCUCCCCUGACAAGAUGGGACCUUCUGCAGUAAAGAAUUCGGGAGCCGUGCCAGUGUUGCUAGACAUGACAAGGAGGUGUGCUUUCGACGUGAAAAAGGAGGUUGCCUUCACGCUUGCAAAUGUGUGUGUUGGCUCUGAGAAGGAGGAGCCUGACGUGGAAUUUCUUCAAUCCGUAAUCUCCACAGAGCAUAAUCUCUUGGAAACGUUUCUGAGCUUCAUGAAGUCUCCUGAUAUGGAGGCUGCACGCUUGGGUAUCAGGUUUGUUGAGGUUGUUCUGAGGGUAGUCCCCAAUGGCCCAAAGCUCGUUGAAUCGGCGGAUGGGAUAUUUGCUCUUGAGGAACUGCAGUUCAAGGGUCCAGAAGAUCUGCAGAGGCUGGCAGCCGAUCUGGUGGACAAAUACUAUGGAGAGGAUUACGGCCUCGAGGACGAUGCAAUGUGA